UUGACUUUUCAAGGGUCUACUUCGUGUUCGUGGAAUAAUGUUCUUAAUUUGAUCUUGUUAGUUGUUUUUUAACAUAAUUCGAGUUGCAUUGUAUGCUGCUUAAACCUACGUUAAUUCACUAAUAUUAUGGAGGAAAAAACAUUCAUUUGGACCUCGGAGCUUACUAAAAGAUUAUUCAAAUUGAGGUUUGAACACGACUGGCUGUUUAAAAAGAAAAAGCAGCCGUGGAGGGAAUUUCGUAAAAUACUUCUGGAGAAUGGGUUUCCAGAAGAAAUGACAGUGAAUCAUGUCAGAAAAAAGUGGUCUUACACUUAUGAUAUGUAUCAAAUUGCUAAAAGGACUAAAAACAAAGAUUGGAAAUACUACAAAAUGUUUGAUAAACACUACAGCAAAUCAAAAUCAAUUUAUGAGAAGUAUCCAUCAUGGAGUGAUGAUUGGCGGCUAAAAUUGAUUACUUGUGUAACAGAGACAAAGGAGCAUAAACUAGAUUUUCAAACGAUGUGGAGGGCAAUCGAGAGAGCAAUGAGAUGCCAAGACCUCCCAAUUGACUGCUGUGUGCACGACAUGAAAGGUCUGUGGCAAAAUCUUAGGACGACUUUUAAUAGGAAGCACAGAAUAAAAAUUAAGAAGGGAUCGGAGUCGUCAGACUGGCCGCUCUACGAUGCAAUGUUGAGCUACUAUCAAAAUCAUGAGUUGGAGAAUCUGAUAAAAUUGGAGAGUGAGAACUACAUGAUCCAACUGAAUGCAUCAAGCAAGUAUUGUAAGAAGAUGGGGGUGGUUAAUGACAAGAAUGAUAAUGAGACUGAUGAAUUUCAAUGGUCAAAAGAUAUAACGGAAACAUUUAUUCAAAUUAGAUUACAAAACGACUGGCUAUUCAGGGAAAGGAAAUGGGCUUGGAAUGAGUUGGUGACAAUCAUGCGUAGUGAACAUGGUUUCCCGAAAACACUUACAAGCAGAGACUUGUGUAGGAAGUGGUCUGCAAUUUUUGGGGAAUAUCAGAAAUCAAAAGCGACAAACAAUAAACAAUGGUUAUAUUACAAUCUGUUUGAGUUGUACCUAGGUGAAGGUAGUCUAAGUUUAAAUCCUUUAAUCGGAUGGCAAGAAGAAUGGGUUUUUAAUUUUAUUAGCGCAAGAACAGAUUUAGAACAUCUUUUUAAAUUUUCUUAUAAAGACCAAACUGAAGGGUGGAGGGAAGUAGAAAAACGGUUGCGGAAUAUAGGACUGCCAUUAGAUCAUAGCUUGUUAGAUUUACCAGAAAUAUGGGCUCAUUUAUUGAAAACAUAUAAGUGGAAGCACAAAUUCGCAAGUAAAGGCAUGUUGAACGAGCCGUGGCCGUACUACGAGGCGAUGGCGCAGUAUCUCGCGACGCAACAACACGCGCCCGUCAAGACGCAGCGACGAGGCCGCGACCUCGGGGAGUGUGACGGUGACGACGGCAAUGACGACUUCGAGGACGAUAUGAAGCUGUUCGACUUGAAACAGAGGUUGAAACAGAAGACGGAGGUUGAGAACCAGUGUAGGUCGUGUAACGCAGAGGACGGCUGUGUCAACAUAUUCGAGAGGACGGACGAGGGGCUCGAGCUGGCUGACAAGCUGAGGAUCAUUGCAGGCGUUGAGGUGGACAAAUCCGACAACUUGCCGUCGCAAAUAUGCUUCAACUGUUUCCGAGAUCUCGACACAGCGUACAAAUUCAGACUGAAAUGUCAAGAAAUCGACAAACUAUUCCGCAACCAUACUCAGCAAAUAAAGAUAGAGGUUUUAGAUAAAAUUGAAGACGAUCCCGCAAAGGAUUACAAUAAUACGAAAGAGGAGUAUGGCGGUGACGAUUUGGGGGAUAUGGAUUUUGAAGACAUUAUUUCUCUAGAGCCAUCAAAAAAGGCCAAAGUCGUUAAGAAAGAGAAAGUAAUGAGAAGAAAGAAAGGUCCGAAAAAACUGAGAUAUGAUUACUGGAAGAUCUGCGAAGUGUGCGGGAAGCACACACGGAAUUUAAUUAGUCAUUUAGACAUGCAUGCCGAGGGGAAGGCUUAUUCCUGCAACGUGUGCGACAAGACAUUUAAGUUUAAAAGCGGCUUGUUGAUUCAUAAAGCUAUUCACAAUUCUACGCCGAAGAAAACUUGUCCGGUGUGCGGGAAAACGUUUCAUAUAAUGGCUCAGUUUCGGAAGCAUUUUGUGUAUCAUGCGAACGAGAGAAACUUCGAAUGUGAAACUUGUGGGAAGCGGUUCAAUACGUUAGAUAUUUUGAGGGUACAUAACAGGAUGCAUACAGGGGAAAGACCGUUUAAAUGUCCCGAGUGCGACAAGACCUUUCGCACUGCUGGAUGCGUCAGUCGACACCGCAGGAUCGUGCAUAGGGGGACAAAACUUUCCACGCAAAUUCAAUGUCAUUGCAAUUUGAGAUUGUGGUGGGUUGCGGCUCUACUGCUGGUCUGCACUCCUCAUACGUUUUGUCGAAAUGUCACGCAUGAAGACAUCCGAGACGCCAUGCUAUCACUUGUACAUAUGUUCCGAACUUCUGAAGAUAAGUUAGAGCGCCACGAAUACAGAGAGAAGGGGCUUGGAGACCAGCUCAAGAGGAUGCUGUCCGGCUUGGACAAGAAGCACAGGGCGCUGGAGCCGCUAAAGGGAAUGAUCUCUCGGCUGGAUGAGAGGCUGUCUAAUGUGGAGACUAUUUUGCUGCAGAAGGAGGAGCGAGAAAAGACAACGCAGCAGAAAACAAAUGACGCUCUAGACGCGAUACAGAAGUCUCUUCAGACGCUCACGACCACCGUGUCCAAGGGUCUGCGGCCGUCUGCUGAAGACAACCUGACAACCAACGAUGACAGUAUAGAGAGGAGGUUGGAUGCGACCGACGCUAAGCUGGACGCUGUCAAAACGGAAAUUGAGAAAUUGAAGAACAGCCUUAGUAAGGAGGCACUGCACGCGAUGUGCCUAGAAGUGUCAUCAUCAGGCGAGCACCCGCUAGGCAAGCACAUCAGCGAGGCGGAGAAGUUGUUGAACAAAUACGAGCUCAAGCUGAACGAGUAUAAUGUGAACGCGAGUAAGGUGCCCACUGACUUCGUGCCGCUCAGCGAGGUCGCCUUGGCUGAUGAUGCGUGGCACAGCAAGAUGAGUGAAGUAAUGGAAAGACAAGAGAAAGAAAUAAUAAAGAUAAAGCAGUUGCUGGGAGACGCGGAGGGAAUGUGGAAGGACCUGCCCCGACAGGAGGACCUGAAAACCAGCGCCAAUCAGACCUUGGAGGCGAUUGAGAAAGUCAAGGAACAGAUCAAGGAGAGCGAAGAAAAAACUGUGAGCAAGCUGACGACGAAACUCCGCGAGAUGUCCGACCGGCUGGCCGCCACCAACCAGGACAUCCAGGCCAGUCUCACGCAGAGCAACGUCUUGACGGAGCGCGUCUACAACGACAUCUCCAGGAGCUAUGACACUUUGCGGACCGAGGUCCAAACCCUUACAAAGAGCGAGCACGUGAUGUUGACGACGGCAGACAACGUGCUUUCCACGAAGAAGCUGGUGGAGUACGGCAUCCAGCAGAUCUUAGUGGACGUCGGCGAGAGGAUCCGGGCUCACUCCAACCAUUUGAAUAAAACCAUCAAUGAAAGGUUCGAAUCCAUGGGCAGUUCGCUGCUGGAUAACCAGUUGACGACUCGCACUAACCUGAGCGACAAGAUUGAAUCAGAGAUGGCGCCAGUGUGGCGGCAAAUCGGCAUUAUGUACAAGCAACUAACGGCCAACAAGGAGUCCCUCGAUAAGCUUACGGAACAAACCGUCCUAUACGUAAAUGGCAGCGCGUCUACAAUGGAAAACAUUGACAACAAGGUGGGAAUGAUUAAGAGCCGUAUGUCGGAAGUGGACGAUAAUUUGAACUAUUUGUUGGGAAGGCUGUCGUUGGUCACGCAAGAGUUUAGCCAGAUCAAGAUUGGGCUCGGCGAGGCGUUGGAGAAGGCUAAAACUGGACUAAGCACGGUGCAAGCUAAACUUGAAGAAGCAGAUAAAGGUCCUGGUCCCCACAAUAUCACAAGUGAAGAAAAUAAAGUGUAAUUUAAAACGAAUGUAUUAAGUAAUGCCAAAACUAACUAAGAAUAAUGUAAGAUUUACUACAUAGACAUAGAUUUAAGCAGACUGAAAAUUAGUAGUCUUAGUGAAAUGAAACUCGCAACAUAUUAACUUUUGCAAAUAUUUAAUCUCUUUCAUAAUUGUGGAUCUAUAUAUUUAUAUUGUACAAGUUAUGUAUAUGAUACAAUUAAACUUUUAUUGUGACAGAUAUUCGGAUGUCACUUACAAGUGAGCGCGUAAAACCAACAAUAUACAUCUGACGAGGUUCUAAGAAAGUGAAUAAUGAACUUUACUGUACAAUCAUAUUUUGAUAUAAUAAUAUUGAUCUUAAAUAAUAUACACACAAAUUAUUUGUCUCCCA